AAUACUCAUUAAUAUUCAUAACAUCAUGAAGGACGACGUCGCACUGCAUUUCCCGACCUCACAUAAGCGACAUCAUUCCAGGACCAUAUCCCAGGCUCACUCAUCAAGCUCACGCCAGCAAUCACCUGCACUCGAACUGAUUCCAGCCCCUACAUCAACUGGAACUAUCACUCUUACCACCACCACGACUGUUCUUGCAGAACCAACAAGGCGCAGAGAGUAUAUCAAUGUUGCUCAACGGAAAGAGAUGCGUAAACACGUUGCUAUUCGGGAUACCUCAUACUGGAAUAAGCUUUUGAUUGCUGCUCGCAAGAGUCGAGGACCAUAUCUAUGUCCCACAACACGCAUGUACCACGUUGAUCGAGCAUCUAAUCUGUACUGGAGUGGCUACAGUGACGUAGAUCCAGUAAUUGCUGAAUCACCUUCGAUACCAGCAAAAAUAGAAAACCAAGAUCAAACGGUCACAGAAAGUGCAAAUGUAGUUUCAGCGCUAGCAGACAUCACCAGCUCCGGAGACAAGUCUAACUUGACUGGAGAUAGUACCUCAUCUGUAUCAGAUCCAGCAUCUACAUCUGUAACAAAUCCAACAGCGACUGCUUUAGCUACAGCAGCACAGGUACCAUCAGCAAGGGCUUCUGCUACACCAACGCCGCUCGAUAUCAAAGAGGAGAUCAAUACUCCAAGUCUUGGCGCGAGCAAUACAGGUAUAAUGAGCACUAGCAAUAAUAAUAUUACCAACAGCAACAGCGGCAAUCUAGUAGGAAACCAAAAUGAGCUUGCUUCACCUACGCUCAACCCUUCACUCAUGAACAGACCAUUAUCUAAUAGAGGUGCUAAUCCGUUGGCUUCCCCCAUGCAGCCUAGUGCUAAUUUUGCUGCCCAAAUGGCCAAUAUCAAUGCUUCUCACCUUCCAGGACAACCACAAUCGCUACAGCAACAACAAAUAUCACAGCAGCAACAGCAACUUCAUCAGCCUCUAAAUCAACAGCAGCAGCAGCAACAACAACAACAACAACAGCCACAACAACCGCAGAUCCAACAACAACAAAUCCUGCAACAGCAACAAAUGCAGCAACAUCAACAACAACAGGCUGUUGCAGCAGGAAUGAAUCCUAUGAUGUCCAAUCCUAUGGUUGCGAUGUCAUCGGCCAUGAUGCCUGGUGGAUUCAUUUCACCAAACUCAUUGAUGCAAGCUAUGCCGGGACAGAUGCCUGGAGGUAUGGGGCCCAUGCCAGGGCAGCCUAUGGGUAUAGGAAUGAAUCCGGCGUACGCUAACAUGACGCAGAUGCAUCCUCAGAUGAUGCAUCAUCUUCAGCAGCCUUUACAACAAAAUCCACAACAGAUGUAUUCACAGCAGCAGCAGCAGCAUUUAUUGCAACAGCAACAGAUGAUGCAGGGACAACAGGACUUUCAAAAUCCCCAACGGCCAAAAGGGCGACCUCGGUAAAGGGAUCUCUUUAUUAUCUUGUUGUUAU